GGGGAGGCGGAGGAACGGCCUCAGGCGGAAUAGGGCUGGAACCCAGGGCUGUCAGCCCGGCUGCUAAUGACAGCGUCGUAGCCUCCCGUCCCGACCCUCCUGACUCUAGCCCUGUCUCGGCGGGACCUUCGGUCACUUCCUCCGGGCUCCGGACGGCGGCGGGACCGGGACGGCGCUCCUACCCGGGACCGAGCGGUUGACCUGGAAAAAUGUCCGGAUUUCUGGAAGGCAUGAGGUGCUCAGAGUGCAUUGAUUGGGGUGAAAAGCGCAAUACAAUUGCUUCAAUUGCAGCUGGUGUUCUAUUUUUUACAGGCUGGUGGAUUAUCAUAGAUGCAGCUGUCAUUUACCCCACUAUGGAAGAGUUCAACCACUCAUAUCAUGCUUGUGGUGUUAUAGCAACCAUAGCCUUCCUAAUGAUUAAUGCAGUGUCAAAUGGACAAGUUCGAGGUGAUAGUUACAGUGAAGGUUGCCUGGGCCAAACAGGUGCUCGCAUUUGGCUGUUCAUUGGUUUUAUGUUGGCCUUUGGAUCUCUGAUUGCAUCUAUGUGGAUUCUCUUUGGAGGAUAUGUUGCAAAAGAAAAAGCCAUAGUCUACCCUGGAAUUGCUGUUUUUUUCCAAAAUGCCUUCAUCUUUUUUGGAGGACUGGUUUUCAAGUUCGGCCGCACUGAAGACUUAUGGCAGUGAAAGUAUCUGAUUUAUUUCUGCACAAUAGCCCUGCAUGGGUUUUGUUGUUUUUUUUCUACUCCCAAUCUUUUGUAAUUCCGUUUUCUAAACUUACUUCUCAGUAUAGUCUCAGUUUGGGAAAUAUUGAAAUAAUGACAGUCCCUUACUUAAAGUAGAACAACAGAAAUCUACAGUGGUGUACAUAUGAUUAACUUAGAGAUGCUAAAGGAAAAUAUUUCAUGUGAGUAAUUUUUUAAAAAGCUGUAUCAUGGUAUAAUUUAUAAAAACAAUAAUUAGAAAAGUAAUUAUGUGUAUAUGAAUAUUUGUCCACAACUGCAAUUAAGGCACUUUGAAGAGUAAUGUUUACUUAAAUGUGGCCUCUUUUGUGUCAAAUGAAAUAAAAAAAAACAUUUUCUUGUUUUUAAAAAUCA